AUGUUUACAGAUAUCAAUGCAGUCCACGAGCUCCUGCGCAAUCAAGAUCGUUUGUUGCUGCCGGACGCCAAUAUCAGGUUGUCGUCGGUAGCAAAUGGCCUGAAGUUCGUGCGGCACGCUCCAACUGCCAAAGUGGCGGAGGACGCUCUCAUUCGGGACAAUGUGGGCACGAGAUGUGGAUCCCCUGUCGCGUGGAAGGAUGCCGUGUACCCCGCGUCAAGGCCAAGGCACCGUGACGUGAAGAUCGACGAAAUUGAAGUUGCUGCAAACAUUGUCCUCUACAAAGAACAAAUGACUUGGAAAGACGGCAGUCUUGGUAUACGCCUCCGCCACGAUGAAAUAUCGUGA